AUGCCGAAGUCAAAGAGAGACAAGAAAGUGUCCUUAACAAAAACAGCUAAGAAGGGGCUCGAGUUAAAACAGAAGCUUAUUGAAGAGUUGAGGAAAUGCACAGACACAUACACAAACCUGUUCAUAUUCUCUGUGGAAAACAUGAGAAACAACAAACUGAAAGACGUUCGAACGGCAUGGAAGCACAGCAGAUUCUUCUUUGGCAAAAACAAAGUGAUGAUGGUUGCACUGGGGAAACGAAACACGGACGAAUACAAGGACAAUCUGCACAAAGUAACGAAGCAUCUCCGAGGAGAAGUGGGUGUGUUAUUCACCAACAAAACCAAAGAGGAAGUUCAGGAGUAUUUCAGUCUCUUCAAAGACGUUGACUUUGCGCGGGCAGGAAACGUGGCUCAGAUGGCGGUCACUCUGGAUGAAGGGCCCCUGGAGCAGUUCACUCACUCCAUGGAGCCUCAGUUGAGGCAGCUCGGGCUCCCCACAGCCCUCAAGAAGGGAGUUGUGACGUUAUUGAAGGAUCACGAAGUCUGUAAAGAAGGGGAUGUUCUGACGCCAGAACAAGCUCGGAUACUGAAGCUGCUGGGUGUUGAGAUGGCAGAGUUUAAGGUUCAGAUUAAAUGCAUGUGGAACUCUGCGACCGGAGAGUUUGAGAGCUUUGGAGCAGAGGACCCGCCUGUUCUGGAGGAGGAGGAGGAGGAAGACGACGACAACAACGAUGAUGAUGAUGAUGCCGAGUGA